GGAAGUAAACAAAGUAAAAAGAAAAGGUUCGAAGUCGGGCAAUUCAAGUCAAAGGAAGGAAAGACGAAAAGCAAGAAAGUAAAUAAUAUACCGGUAUUGAUGAUUAAAGGCAGAUAAUGAUUACAUGAAUUUAUCUUUCACUUAUAACGAGAAAGUUAAACCCAAUGAAGAGAAACAGAUUGAAACUUUAAAUGCUGCACUCAAGUCAUUAAAAAAACAGACAAGAUAUUAACAUGUAUUAUAUAAAUAGAUCUUUCCAAUCAACUUUAAACUAAACACAAAGAAGAUUGGUGUGAAAACAAAGUGACUGAUUCAGAAUUAACAGAAUAUACUAGUGAUUUAUGGAAGAUGAAUGGUAUGGAUACAGAAACAAGAGAUAUAUGGAAGAUAAAAUGUUUCGAUACUUUAACAAAGACAUUACAGAAAACAAUCAAUUAUCUAGAAGAUUUGGGUGCAGAUGUAGCUGCAUGGGUUGUUAUACCUGCAACAACAGACAACUGUCAGAUAAAGCAUGUUGGUAGUAAAAAGGGGGGUGAAUUCAUCCUAACUAAACCUAGUAUUGAUGCUGAUAUACAGUACUUUUUAGAAAAUUAUAAAAAAAAUCAGAAAGAUGAAAUAAAAAAAGCAUCUAAAAAAGUCUUGGUUGAUAUGUGUAUACAACUGUUUGACCAAAAAUAUGCUGAAGCUUUACAGAAAUUUCACUCGAAGUUUCCAUACAGCUUGUUAACUCUGCGUGGAAAACCAUGGUUUACAUUGUCAGGGUUUCCUAAGGACCUUCUUCCCUUCAGACAUCCAUCAGAGUAUGAUGUACACAGUUUACAGAGUAUUAUAAACUGCAAAGAUUUGGUUAAAUUCAACAUACUUCAUAAAAAAUUACAAGAUGCGUAUUAUAACAAAGAACCCUGCAAUAACAUGACAAAGUCUGCCCUGCAAAGUAGAUUAUCAGGUGUUGUAAGAAAAUCUCAGGACCAAAUGGAUAAAGAUUUAAUGUCUGUUAUAGAAAAGGAUACAGCUUCACUUGACCAUCAGCAGGGGAAAAAAUCAAAAAGGAAGCAAAGAAAAGAGAAAACAAAGUGUACAAAUGACUUAAUAGUAAGGAGGUCCAAAAGGAGAAAAACAUCAAAAACAAAAAAAUAUGUUUCACUAUUGACUCCAUCUUGUAUAUCUAAUGCUACAUUAAAGAAAAUCAAUCAGAAAGAUCAGAAGUUAAAACCAAAAACACAAGAUUUAGCUGUUACAAAUACAAAUGAUAAAACAUUUAUAAUGCAAAUAAAAGAAGAACCUGCAGAUCCAGAUGACAAUCCUAUACCAGCAAUCUGUAGGGAGGAAGAUGAUAGUAAUAUAUCUAACCAUAGAUCUGUUCCACUAAAUGUUUCUGGUUGCAGGUCCAGUACAAAAUAUGUCUGGGAGUCAGAUAAUAACCAUACAAAGUCAGAUAUAAUUGAUAGUGUUGAAAUGACAUGUGAAGAUUCUUAUGAUAAUCUACCAUUUUGUAAUUACUCUCAGUCUGGUGCUUUUUACUUUCAUUCUGGUCUAGAAGACACUCAAAACUCAGAAAACUUGAAGAAUAAUUUUUCAUGUUCCAUGGACUCAAAUAAUGCAGAAAAUAUUAUGAUUAAGAUUGAGCCAAUUGAGCAUUGAAAAUUCUGUUCUGUAAUGAUAAAUCAUAUAUUUAACAUCAUUUACUAUUUGAUAACAGUUCAGAUAUUUUAUAUAUUUCAAAUAAAAAUAUGUAAUUUGUUCCAAUAA